AUUGAUAUCGAGAUGUAUCGGGCCUUGUAUAGUUAUGUGGCUAGAACGAAGAACUUUGACUUGUCUUUUGAAGAAAGUGAUCAGUUUACAGAUCUCGAGAAGCCGGAGGGCGGGUGGCUGCUAGUGCAAAACGGCUUUGGAGAAAUCGGUCACGUACCUGCUAGUUAUGUUGAGAAGGAAGACAAUUCCACCUUGGCCGAGAUUCUGGGCUUAGUAGAUAGGGCAAUAACAAAUAUACACUACCAGGCCGCUGCCUCUGGGACCUACACACACCACCAAAGAGAAAACCUGCAUAAACUUAAACUGCAUAGGGAACAAGUGUUGAAAAACCACGGACCUCAAGAAAAUACCGAGGAGAAUGUGUUUGAACACAGACGCACUGCCAGUGACAGCGGGUCAGAAUCUAGUGAUCACGGCGAACACAGCUGCCCCGAAGAAAAUUUAAUGGGAGUUGUUGCUACCUGUGAUAGUAAGGAGAAAAAAGACGUGUUUCCGGCAACACUGAUGGCAACUAAUGGCGAGAAUUGA